UGCUGCGCACACGCUCCCCCCCCCUCCUCUCCUCACUCCCGCACUUUCGCACCUCCUCAAUCUCUACAACGCCGUCACGAUAGUUUCGCCAAAGCGCAAGAUGGAUCAUCGGGAGCUCACCAAGCGCAUUGAGAAGCUGAGCAAGGCCAUUGCUUCCAACGAGCCGACCGACACGAUCAUCGAUCUCCUCGAGCUUCUGAAGAACGAUGCCGCUCCCACCGAGGAGCAGCUUCGCUCUACCAAAGCUGGUGUCACGAUCGGCAAACUGCGAUCGCACAGCGACAAGGCAAUCGGCCGAGCCGCCAUGGAGAUUGUCCACAAAUGGCGAAAGAAGGUCGAUGCGGCUAAAGAUGCUAAGAAAAAGAAGCUGGAUAUGAGAAACUCUCCCGCGCCUGUUGGCUCGCCAGCGCCGGCCCCGUCGUCCUACAGCAAGCCGUACCAGGGCGACUCCACCAAGCGUCACUUCAAGGUCGACAAGGUGGACCUGGCGCGCACAGGCAGUCAGUCGCGGGACAAUAGUGUUGGCCUGCUCUACAAUGGCCUGGCGUUCCGCUCGACCGCUUCGAUUGAGGAGGUUGUGGCGCGUGCCGUCGAGGUUGAGAACGAGGCUUUCAAGAAGUUCAACGGUGAGAACGAUAAAUACCGCGCUAAGCUCCGCAGCCUCUUCACUAGCCUCAAGCGCAAGGACAAUCGCGAGCUGGGCCGCCGCGUGCUUUCGGGCGACAUCCCUGCCAGCAAGUUCGUCGUCAUGUCGGACCAGGAGCUGUCGUCUGAGGAGCAGCGCAAGAAGGACCAGGAGUUUGAGAAGGAGAACAUGAUGAAGGCCCAGGUCCCCAUGGCCGAGCGGUCCAUCAGCGACGCCUUGCAGUGCGGCAAGUGCGGACAGAAGAAGGUGUCGUAUACCCAGGCCCAGACUCGGUCUGCUGAUGAGCCGAUGACAACGUUUUGCGAGUGCAUGUCCUGCGGAAACCGUUGGAAGUUCUCGUAGGCGGCCAGUCGUCCGGCUUCUGCCUCGAUCCUCCUUGACAAUUUUCCUUCCUAUAGCAUCGGGAGAUCGCCGUGGCUUGGCCAAUGGCUUGACGGGUGGAUUAGGGUGUGGUUUUAAUUUCGGCUCUCAUUAUUUCUCCCUUCAUUGUUUUCUUUUCUUGCGGGGGCGGGCAACAC